AUGGUCAAGACUGCACUGGUUCAAAACGUAUUUUCUUCCAUCUUAAUUUUCAGGCUGAGUAGCUGUAAUCUGUCAUCUGAAAGUUGUAAAGCUCUGUCCUCAGUUCUCAGCUGUCAGUCCUCCAGUCUUAAAGAGCUGGACCUCACUAGAAACGAGCUGAAGGACUCAGGAAUACAGCAGCUGUCUCUGGGAUUGGAGAGUCCACGAUGUAGACUUGAAAUCCUCAGACUGACUGACUGUGCGCUGACGUGGAAAGGUUGUGACUCUGUGGCCUUUUUCCUGAGCUCCCGGUCCUCCAGCAUGAGACAGCUGGACCUGAGUAUGAACAACCUGCAGGACUCUGGAGUGCAGGUGUUCACCGCCGGACUGAAGAAUCCACACUGUAAACUGGAGACACUCAGGCUGACUUCUUGUAACCUGUCAGGACAGAGCUGUGAUAUUCUGGCCUCAGUUCUCGCCUCACAGACCUCCAGCUUGAGAGUGCUGGAGUUGAACAACAACAACCUGCAGGAUUCUGGAGUGAAGCUUCUUUCUGUUGGACUGGAGAGUCCAUGCUGUAAGCUGGAAGCUCUCAGGCUGACUAACUGUCUGUUGUCAGAGGGAAGCUGUGAACCUCUGGCCUCAACUCUCAGCUCAGAGACUUCCAGUUUGAAAGAGUUGGACCUGAGCAGCAACGACCUGCAGGAUUCAGGAGUGAAGCUGAUUUCUGCUGGACUCCAGAGUCCUCAGUGUAUCCUGGAAACUCUCAGACUGUCGGGCUGCCUGGUCACAGAGGAAGGCUGUUCCUCUCUGGCAUCAGCUCUGAAAGUCAACCCGUCCCAUCUGAGAGAGCUGGACCUGAGCUACAACCAUCCAGGAGACUCCGGGGUGAAGCUGCUCUCAGCUGGACUGGAGGAUCCACAGUGGAGACUGGAAACACUGAAGUAAGGCUUGGAGUGGAGUCUUUAGUGCAGUACGUCAUUAUGUUCAUUACAACUUGGGUCUGGCGCUGGAGGGUAAAUGCUGAUUUUUUUUUUAGCCUUUUUGCCUAUAUUGGCUAGAUGCAGUGGAGACAGACAAGAAAGGAGUGAGAACUGAACCCAGGCCGCUGCGUCCAGGACCAGGCCCUGUACAUUGGUUGCCUGCUUAACCUGUUGAGCUAUCUGUACACCCGUAAAUGCUGAUUUCAAGGUUUACUUUGUACUUCUAGUGAAUACAUUUGCAGCCAAAAAUACUAAUACAUCCUAAUGCUAAAGUUUAGCAAUGACUU